AGUUACUUUUAGGCACCACUGUUAUUUCUACUUGAUUUCUGUCCAGAAAAUAUCUCAGCAUUCAUAGUCAGUGAUGUUUUGCUGAACAGUUAUCGUCAGCGCUACAGAAGAGACACUGUUGAUCCUUGACUUCUUGUCCAGGGGGCAGUCUCUGCUGGAUCUGCUCCAGCUCUGGUACAAUAGAGCCGCUCCAGAUGUGAACCACAGCAGGCUGAGCUGCAUCUGAUCAUGUCGUGUAAAUAGUCCCCGUGGGUGAGAGACCGCACGUCCGGCGGUCAGCAUGGAUCCUCUCACCUCCACAGUAGCUGACAUGCAGUCACUUCCUGAGGCUUUUAACUACGAGACCGAGGGGGAGAGAGCGUCUUAAGAUAGAACGUCGUCCUCCAGAGGAUGUUACGUUUCCUCAUCUGCUCAGCUUCCUCAUGCUGAUUUAUUGUGCUCACUACACCUCUCUCUCAUGCGCCUCUGCUCUGUUCUCAUUUGGGUUCUCUUCGGUUCCACACAUGGUGGCUUAGAACCACUAGGACCUGUGGUGGUUUAGUGGAAGAUGGUACUUUACCAACAUCACAUUCUCAUGAUACUGCUACUGAUAAGCUGCACUCACCUGUUAGGUGUAGCCCUUGGCUCGGACCCCAAAUCCCCCGACGGGCCGCAGAUGACCCCCCUGGUCCCCUCUCUCGUCCAGCUGUCUUCGGUCGGGGACAGCCUCGUGUUCCUGUGCACCGCUCCGGGGGGCCAUCGAGGGCUGAGCUUUGACCUCUACGGAAACAAAGAGAAGUGUGACACAGUCAGGCACCAAACAGAAGAGUGUGGAGCCAUCUUUACUGUAAAACGCCAACAAGUGACCAGUGGAAAGGAAUUCUGCUGCCUCUUCACGGAUUCUCAGGGCCGACCAAGUGCCUUCAGCACCUAUGUGUACGCCAAACUAGAUGAGCAGGGCAGCUCUCUUCCUCCGCCUGUUUUGACGUCCUCCAGCGGAGCGGCCCGGAGUGGUCAGCCGUUGUCCUUCCACUGCGCGGUGCCGCUGUGUCUCCGUCCCACGGCCGUCCUGCUGCUCAGCCAGAGCAGCGUCAGCGGUGGCGGUCAGCGCGCGCUGCGGGGCCCCAGCUCGGUGGUGUCCAGGUCCAGUGACCCCAGCUUCAGCGUGGUGCCGGUGGACGGGGCGCUGUACUCCUGCCAGUAUCAGAUGAUCGUCUCCUCAGACCUGACCAUCAGCUCCAGCGCCAGCAAACCCCUCACCGUCACGCUCUCAGACCAUCAGAACACAGGAGGAGCAGGAGGAGCAGGAGGAGAAGGAGGAGAAGGAGGAGAAGAGGCCACAGACUGGCCUAUGGUGGUGGGGGCCAUAUCUGCAGCUGUGCUGUUCCUAGCAAUAGUCAUGGGACUGGGGCUCGUUGUGCACAAGAAAGUGAAAGAUGCGGCGAAGAAGAGGAAGACAAGGGAGGAGGCGAAAUUCUGGGGUACAGUGCGUGCAAGAGACCACAAUAUCUCCCCAUUUCACGCCUCAGCGCCUGCUUCAAGGAUACUGGACCGGUCAAUGCUGAUUAUGCUGUUCCAAAGAGUCUCUCCACCUUUGCUAAUCCGACCUUCUGUUGAAUUUCUAUUGACCCUAUUGUUGCCCUUGUCUUUGCUGACUAUCGUGUGUGUAAAUUAUAUUUCUAAUUUUAUCUACAACCAGAAGUGCUGUUUUGUUUAUACAGAUUACAAUAGGUGCCAUAAAAUGUGGAUCUAAGUACUACAGUAUGUGUCCUACUACUAUGAACAGAGGGAAGGCCUUGGAGGAAGAGAGAAGUUUAUUUUACAACUCAGUGGAAAUUGCCAAUCAAUAAUGACGCACAACAUUUGCUUUGUAAGCAGCCCUGGUAAUAACACAACCAGAUGUGUGCCAAUAGGGGGCGCUGUACAACAGUCGUUCAGUCAAGGAGCCGGUGAGGCUGAAUACAUUUCACUUUGCUGAGAGGGGAGAACUGUUAGAUUAGUCUAGGUUCUUGUGAUACUAAAGUGAUUUUAUGACUUGAUGAUCUUUUUCGUGUUCUGUAAAAAUGUGUAUAUGUAAUAAGGGUGAAGGCAAUCAAAGAAUCAUGUGUUAUACUUGGCAUGUAUGGAUGAAAGUUGAUAUUUUUUUACAUUAAAGUAUGUUGUGUGAUUGUUGUGGAGACCAAGAAUGUGCAAGUCAUUUGAUAGCAUCCCAGGUUUCCUUAUUACACCAGUGAGUAUUUCACCCCACCCCACAUUAUCACUAUCUACACUGACCCGGCCUGAAAGUUGCUGGGUCAAUUUCCGGCUUCCACCGUUGUGCCCUUGAGCAAGGCACUCACAGUAACCCCAAGUUUUUCCAGGGACAAUGUAACAUAGU